CGCGAUAGUCAAGUACAAAGCGUCUUUCCUGACUGUUUUCUGUCUUUUGCUGGCUUUUGGCGAGAACAGAAGCUUGAAAUCAGUCUUUCAGGAGAGGAAGAAGUAGUUGGUUGUGGUAUUAGUAUCAUUUAUUAAUUGGAUAUUGGAAAGACAAGGACGGCGAUGGAGGUUGAUCAGAGACAAAAUGUUAAAAAACUUUCGAAAGGAGUUUUAGACUUGAAGUUCAUGAAAAAGAGUAAAGAAAAGGCAGUGCUACAAGAAGAAAAUGAAGAGCGGCAGCAGCUUUACCAGGACCAACUAUCAUUACUGCAUAAAGGAGCGGACCGUAUUGUUAUGGUUGACUCAUAUUUUGACUGUAUGGACUUUUUACCCUGCCGUUUGUCUUUUGGUGGAAUGGACCCAGAUAUUGAGAAGCUUAAUGAGGACAAGUUAACUGGAGUAUACAAACCUGAAAGGAUUUUACCUGUACCCAGUAAGGGGGAUGGAAUAGAGGAGGAUGUGACAGCAGAAGAGAUAGCAGAGAAUUAUAGCAAGCUGCUAGGCAACAAGGCUAAGCAAUUUACAAAAAGAAAGAGUGACCACAAUGAAUUUGAAAAUGGUGAUGAUUCUCAGAAAAAUAAAUACUUCAAAGGAAAUGCAACCAGAGGAAAGAGGCCGAUGUUUACAAACAGAGAGUAUAUGAACCCUCAAGGCAGGGGAGGGUUUACAAAUAAGGGUAAAGGGGAUUUCAACAACAGAGGCCAGGGGGAUUUCAGCAACAGAGGCCAGGGGGAUUUCAGAGGCAGGGGUAGAGGUGAUUUCAGAGGGAGGGGCAGAGGGGAUUUCAGCAACAGGGGCAGAGGGGAUUUCAGCAACAGGGGCAGAGGGGAUUUCGGCAACAGAGGUAGAGGUUCCUAUGAUGACAAGAGAGGAGAAUGUGGUCAGAAUAAUGAAAGAAAUUUUAGUCCAGGUCUAAAGAAAUUAAAGUUCAUGAAUCCCCAAGAAUGAAGACAAUUAGGAAAUAAGUUAAUAGAGAUUUUUCAUUUUUCAUUAUGAUAAAUAUUAUUAAAAUGGACUCUAUAUUCUGAACAUAAUGUGACUUACUUUAUUAUUAAAGUACAGCCAAUCUCAUAGAAACAAUAUUGAAUACCCUUUCUUCCUUAGAUGUGACAUCUAAAAUAUAUAUUUUAUAAGGCUAUAUUGCAUACAACAUGCAUAUUUAUUAAUGGAGGGCAGAGCCUUCUAUAUCUAAAGAUUUUUUGGAUCAAAUUAUUUCUCAGGUGAACCUUAUUCAGUAACACAUACACCAUGUCUCUCUUUCUUCAAAAUUGUUAAACCAUGAAUCAUUCUCCAGGUUCUUAUGUGCAUUAUCUUUGAUAGCAGUGCAAUGCUAUCUUCCCAAUGAACUUCUUCAUUAAUCUUCGCCACAGUCGUUUCAAAAUUAGAAGGUUCUUAGUGACAGGAGAGUGUCGAAGACAGAACAAAAAAUUCUCUUCAACUGUUUGCAUUUGCAGUUCUCUUAUAAGUGUGAUUUACAUAUCUGAAUUGAAAAUUUUGUUGUAUAGUAAAAUCUGCAUGUAAUUUUUGCUAUGCAAAUUUAAGUCAGAAAAAAAAAAAAAAAAA